AUGUCUAAAAGACCAAUUGAAGAGGAAGACACGCCGGAGAAGCGUGUUCGCACCGAUCAAGAGGCCAAAGACAAGCAGAGCGAACCAGCAAUAGAUCAAGACGCCGAAUGGGCCGCAUUGCAGGCUUUGCUAGGCGAAGACACAGCAAGCAACGGCGUCUCAACGGAAGUGAAUGCUGUUCCCAACAUUGAGCUGGCCGACGAUGCUUCUAGUGACGAUGACACGCUUACUGUCGCAGGAUGGGACUCGGACGAGCAACGACUCGAGGAACGCCUAGCUGAGCAGCAGGAACGACGCGCUGCACUUGAUCGCAUACGACGCGAACGCGACUCGAAGAUGCAGAAACGCACUACGGACAAAGAACAGCCUUCGCCUCCUAUUCAACCAGAUGCAGUCAUUGACGAUGAGAGUAGUGAGGAGGAUGAGGAGGAGCGCGGCUGGGUCAAGCGCAAAAUGUGA